UUAAGAAACGCGGUGCAGCUUGGGAACAGUAACCUGAAAUUCUGGGAAAACUUGGAGAACAGUAGGUCGUGGGUUCGGUUCCUCGGGGAGGAGAUGAGUGCUGUGCAUGAGUAAUUCUCCCCUCGUCAUAAGCGUCUUAAAGGAAGACACAUCUAAUCCAGAAUUUGGAGACUUUACAGGCUGAAUGGAAGGUGUAGCGAGGGGAAAAGGGGACGUGCGUGCGCAGUGGACUUUCUGUGAGAGGGAAGCGUGAGUGAUUUUCCCUUCUGUCAACUAUUCUUUAUGCUGAGAGCGGGUUUAUGUGCCAGACAGCUGCGGACGCGCGUGCUGUGCGCGCACAGACUCAGCCACCGUGAAGAGGUGUGAGACAGACCCUUCUGUCCAUCACCCAGGGUGGGGUUCCACCAAGGAGCUCCGUCCCUGCGCGCCGCCACGCCCCCGCGUUUGGCGCUGUCCGGCACUCCGGUGCUGAACGCUGCCUGCAGCGCUCUGGACUAUCUGCUCACAGUCGCUGCGCAUGGAGCCAGGGGACGGAUCUCCCAGGAUGAUGAGGCUUAAAGUUCCGAGGGCUCUCUUGGACGGAUGGUACCGAGGAUAACUAUGAAGGAAACGUUUUUCCAGGGGGAUUGUGUUCUUUUUUUAAGGGUUUUCAUCCAGCCCCCUAUCUGAGUCGUUCUGGAGGUAUUUAAUUUGCUACCAACAUGAUUUGGGCUGUUCUGCUGUGCUGCCUUCUGAUGCCAGCACCCGGAUAUCAAACACAGGGUCGACUGCCUUUCUUUCAUGGACACAUUUUUGAGAACUCGCCGGCGGCUUCCAAAGUAAACGGACUCAGCAUUCCGGUGAAGCGCAUUGACGCGCAAAAAUGGUGCCCGCUCUCCGGGAUGCACUUCAAACUGUACGGGAACGGCAGCGAAGAUUUUCGGGUCUUUGCCCACCACAGGCGGGGGAAUGUCUUACUCAAAACUUCCAGGGUCUUAGACAGAGAGACUCGCUCGGUCUACCUGCUGAGCAUCGGUGAGUGCUGUCAGACCUGCGCGCCGGAAUCGGUCGUUUACGAGGUUGCGUCGGUAAAAGUGGACGUUUUGGAUACCAACGACCACCAGCCGACACUUGUCGGCACAGACAGCGUGCACAUAAGUUUAGACGACACCACUGCUCUGCGAAGUGUUGUUUACAAGCUGCGCGCUGGCGACGCAGACAGCGGAAAGAACGCAGAGUUGACGUUUAGCUCCAUUCCCCAAAAUGGCACUUUCUACGUUGUCCCGAAAACGGGAGAAGUUUUGCUGGUUGACUCCAUCCUGGGCCUCUCCUCUACAAUUAAAUUCUAUGUUUAUGCCAGGGAUCACGGCUGGCCCUCACUGACCAGUAAGGCUGUACUGGUUUCUGUUUCUCCAAAGCGGUGGGCCACGCGUCCGACCGGAACGCCGAGGCGCGUGAGGCCAGGACGCUCACCCAGGGCGCUCCUGGAGCCCGGCGCCUUGAUCUCCCUUAACGUGUCUGAAGAAGCCGGCAUCGGCUCGGUCGUAACGAGCCUGGGUCCCACCAGGUUUCAGGCAGCUGCCUACGAGCUGGUGCACCCGGAGUCGGAGAGCUCUCCUGUCACCGUUGGUCGCGACAGUGGAGAUAUCACGAUAUCCCGGAGGCUGGACAGGGAGACCGAGCCUUUCCUGGAGCUCACUGUUAAGAUUCAAGACAAACGAGGUCCAGACUGGUUCCUGAACAAGGUGAAGCUGAAAAUCACUGAUGUCAACGACAACGUCCCCGAGUGGAAUAUGAAGCCAUACCCCUACAUGGCUGUCGUGUCUCCUGAGGCCCCCACGGGAACAUUUGUCUAUCAGCUACAGGCUAUUGAUGGUGAUGAGGGCAAAAGUGGAGCAGUAGAGUACUUCUUGUCAGAUGGUGGAGAUGGCUGCUUCGCUGUGGACAAGAAAUCGGGCCAAGUGGUAACCACAGGGCUGAUGUUUCAGAGGGACAGGGAGUACCUUUUAAGUGUGGUCGCUAUUGAUGGUGCGGGAAGUCACAGCGCACCCGCCAUGCUCUCUGUGGUGGCAGGGGCCAGAGCGCCACAGUUCACCAACACCAGCUAUGCCAUCUCAAUCCCAGAGAACACUCCUGAAGGGCAGCCCUUCCUUGUGGUGUUGGCCGUUUCCUUCCAGAAGCAGCGGAUCAGCUACAGUCUGCUCAUCAAUCCCAGCAGCCUUUUCAGCAUCCAUCAGGAGACGGGCGAGAUCAGUCUGACCAGGACGCUGGACUACGAGAACGACCAGCGACGCUACCUUCUGAUGGUGCGAGCCAGCGAGGAGCCUGGGAGCCUCAGCGCCGCCGCAGAGGUUCAGGUGUUGAUAACGGAUGAAAAUGAUUGUGUCCCCGAGUUCCUCCAGUCCAUCUAUACUGUCGAUGGAGUGCCCGAGACUGUAACCACGGCAACAUCACUGCUGCAGGUUCUGGCCACGGAUUGUGACUCGGGGUUAAACGCAGAGAUCACUUAUUACACCCUGAGCCCGGAUUUCAGCAUCUCACCUCAUGGGACUGUAUUCCCCGCCAGGCGCCUCGACUAUGAGAGGUCUAACCAUUUGUAUGAAUUUGUGGUGAUGGCGGUGGACGGCGGAGAUGAGCCUCAUUCUGGCACAGCAACGGUUCGUGUGAGGAUGGCAAACGUAAACGACGAAGCCCCUGAAUUCUCCCAGCCUGUAUAUCGGACGUUUGUCUCUGAGGACGCCGGUCCCAACACUCUUGUUGCCACCGUCCUGGCCAAAGACCCAGAUGGUGACGGGAUAAUUUACUCCAUAACAGCCGGCAACGAAGAAGGAAACUUUGUCAUUGACAGCCAGAAAGGCCUCAUCCGGCUCCGCUCCACUCCCCCGCCCAAGCUUCAAGGCUUGGAGUAUGUCCUGAAUGUAACGACCACAGAUGACAAUGCAUCGGGUGGGCCGCACCCUCUCACCUCUACCGCCCAGGUCAUCGUCGGAGUCGAUGAUGUCAACAACAACAAACCAAUAUUUGAAGAGUGCCAGCAAUACCGUGAGCAGGCUUCAGUGCUGGAGAACCAGCCAGCGGGGACUUUUGUGUUGCAAGUGCAUGCGGAGGAUGCAGAUGAGGGAGCAAAUGGAAAAGUCAAAUACGGCUUAAUGCACAGAGACAGCGCCAUGCCUGCCUUCAGAAUCCAUCCAGACUCAGGAGUGAUUGUGACAGCCAGGCGCUUCGACAGGGAGCGCCAGAGAGAGUAUUCAAUUACAGUAACGGCCACUGACUGGGCUGAGGAGCCGCUCAUCGGCAUUUGUCAGCUCACCGUUCAGAUAUUGGACCAGAAUGAUAACAGCCCCAAGUUUGAGAAUUUGCGCUAUGAGUACUUCCUAAGAGAAGACACCUUGGUUGGUACGAGUUUCCUCCGCGUGGCAGCUCAUGAUGAUGACUUCGGUACCAAUGCUGCCAUCACUUACUCCAUGUCGCUGGAGCAGCCCGAGUACCUGCAGGUCAACCCUGUCACUGGAUGGGUCUACGUCAACCAGCCCAUAUCUCAGAGGACUUACAUCACACGGGACAUCGUGGCCACAGACGGAGGAAACCGCAGCACUUCUGUAGAGCUUGCCGUCACCAUCACUAAUGUGAAGAACCAGCCUCCUCAGUGGGAAAAAGACAGCUACAAUGUCGUCAUACCUGAGAACACUGCCAGAGACACACCAUAUGUUACAAUCAAGGCAACCUCUCAGCUGGGUGACCCAAGAGUGACCUACAACCUCGAAGACGGAAUGGUUCCUGAAACCAACAUGCCAGUUCGUUUCUACCUCUCCCCUAACCGUGAGGAUGGCUCGGCGUCCAUCCUGGUGUCAGAGCCGCUGGACUACGAGACCACCCCUUUUUUCUCUCUCCAGGUCCGGGCGCAGAACGUGGCUGCAGUGCCUCUCGCUGCUUUCACAAGAGUUUAUGUUAAUAUUACAGAUGUCAACGACAACGUGCCGUUUUUCACGUCCUCUAUCUACGAGGCCUCGGUAACAGAAGGGGCUCAGAUGGGGACUUCGGUCCUCCAGGUGUCUGCCCACGACAAAGACCUGGGACUUAAUGGCGAGAUCACUUAUUCGCUACUGAGUGACAGCAGCGGCGACCACAAUUUCUUUCGUAUUGACCCGGAAGCUGGGAUCAUCUACACAGAGGCGGUGUUUGACAGGGAGGCCCGGAGCUCCUAUUUGCUGGAAGUUCAGUCGGAGGACGGCAAAGAAUCAGCACGGCCUGGAAAAAACAAGCAGCCCAACACAGACACAGCAUAUGUGAGGGUUUUCAUCAGCGAUGUCAAUGACAACAAGCCUGUCUUUGCUCAGCGGCUGUAUGAAGUUUGUGUCGACGAGAACGCAGACGUGGGCCUGGCCAUUGUCACCGUUAGCGCUAACGAUGGGGAUGAAGGUGCCAAUGCAAAGCUGCGCUACCAGAUAACGUCUGGUAACAAAGGUGGUGCUUUUGACAUUGAGCCAGAAGUUGGGACAAUUUUCAUUGCACAGUCACUGGACUAUGAGCAGCAAAAGAGGUACAAGCUACUGGUUCUAGCUUCAGACGGCAAGUGGGAGGACUAUGCUGCUGUUGUGGUCACGGUGGUUAAUAAGAACGACGAGGCACCGCUGUUUUCCAUGAAUGAGUACUAUGGAUCAGUCACGGAGGAACUUGAUGGAUCGCCUGUGUUUGUGUUACAGGUGACAGCCACCGACCCGGACAAAGAUGCGGACCAGGGUGCCAUCCGUUACUCCAUUCAUGGCCAAGGAGCAGAGUCACAUUUUAUGAUCAACGACAUCACAGGGGAGAUGUAUGCUCAGCGCACCAUGGACCGGGAAGACCGAGCCGUGUGGCGCUUUGUUGUCAUGGCAACGGACGAAGAAGGCGAAGGACUUACUGGCUUUACGGAUGUUAUUAUCAACGUGUGGGACAUCAAUGACAACGCCCCAACCUUCUUGUGUGCACCUGAUAAUUGCCACAGUAACGUGGUGGAGAAUUCUCCUCCGGGAACAAUUGUUGUGGAAAUGACAGCGGUUGAUCUGGACGACGCAGCCGUGGGUCAAAACGCCAUCCUCACAUACCGGAUUACAGAGAAUGCACAUAAUUCUAACAACGAGGAACUUUUCGCUAUCGAUUCCAGUACUGGCACUGUGUCUGUGGCAGCGGAGGGUCUGGACCGGGAGUUUGCUGAUAGCCACCAUGUGGUAGUAGAAGCCAGAGAUGGCGGAGGCAUGAUGGGGACAGCCACUGUCACCAUUAUGGUAUCGGACAUCAACGACCAUGAGCCAAAGUUUAGAGAGGACUGGUGUGGUGCCCGUGUACCUGAGAGCACCCGUGAGGACGCUUCACUGCUGGAGCUUUAUGCCGUGGACCCUGAUGACGACGUGUACGGGCAGCUGACGUUCAGUGUGGUGGCAGGAGAUCCAGAGCAACGGUUCUACAUGGUCAGCAACAGACUGGAGCAAAAAGGCACCCUGAGACUGAAGACAAAGCUGGAUUUUGAGCAGCCGGGGGAGCAGAGGUUUAACAUCACUAUCAAAGUGGAGGACUCCGACUUUUCCAGCACUAUCCACUGUGUGAUUCUCGUAGAGGACGACAAUGAUAAUGCCCCUGUGUUUGGUCCAGUCUCUCAUUUGCUCUCCCCUUUGCCUGAGGACGUCGCUGUUGGAGCCAGCAUAUUUCAGGUCACAGCCACCGACCCUGACUCAGGUCUGAAUGGGGAUGUUUUCUACAGUGUCCUGCCCAACUCAGACCCCUAUGAACAUUUCACAAUCAAUCGUGCAGGUGUAGUCACUGUCACCAAGCCACUGGAUAGGGAGACUGUGGCAAGUUAUGAGCUGGUUGUCAUAGCAACAGACCGUGGUAAACCAGCGCUGACUGGCAGUGUUACGGUCAGCUUGCCCCUGCUUGAUGUGAACGAUAACGGGCCUGAGCUGGAUGCACACUACACGCCUGUGCUGUGGGAGAACAGUCCAGCACCUCAGGUAGUCUGGCUCAACAGAAGCUCAACUCUCCUGCAUGUCGUGGACAGAGACUCCCCAGAGCAUGGGCCGCCUAUUUUCCUCUCCCUACCCUCUGUGUAUUCCACCGACUUCCACCUUCAGGACCACGGGAACUGCUCUGCCACUCUCACCACGCUACGCAGGUUCGACAGGGAAAGGCAGAGCGUGUUCCGCCUGCCGGUGAUCAUGAUUGACAGCGGCGACCCGCCGAUAACAGCCACAAACACGCUCACCAUCACUAUUGGUGAUCAUAACGAUAACGCCCAUCAGGCAGGAGAGAAAGAUAUCUACGUGCAUAGCCGCAAGGGAAGGAUGGGAUAUGCAGCUCUAGGAAAGGUAUAUGCCCCAGAUCCCGACGACUGGGACAGCAAGACCUACAGUCUGGAGACAAGUGCAGCCAAAUACUUCAGUCUGAAUCAGAGCUCAGGAGUGCUGACUUUCCGACAGAACACUCCAGCAGGCAGCUACUGGUUGAGAGUAGGUGUGUCUGAUGGGGUGUGGCCGGAUGUGAUCUCAGGAGUCAGGGUUCACAUCAGGGAGCUGGAAGAAAAGGCCUUCCUGUCGUCCGCCUCGCUGCGUUUGACAGGCAUUACAGCGAGAGAGUUUAUCGACUCCAACGUCGAGGGGAAGAGUCGGCUGCAGGCGUUCUGGGACUUCCUGUCUGAAACCCUGUCCGUCAGACCAGGAAGCAUCAACGUUUUCAGCGUAGCAGACAGAGAGGAGAAAACAGUAGACAUCUAUUUCCAUGUCUUGACUGAUAAUGGCUACUUGCGGCCAGAAAAGCUGCACAGUGUUCUCGCGGCACAUAAAAGGAAGCUGCAGUCACUCCUGCGAGCGAACGUGAGCCAGGUGCAGGUAGACGAGUGUGUGCGUGCUGACUGCAAGACAUCCGGAGGCUGCUACACACAGUUAAGCAUCAGCGACUCACCCAGCUUGAUAGACUCUGGUGCUCUAUCCCUGGUCUCGGCGAAAGUGACAUCCGCGGCUGUGUGUGGCUGUGCCGCCAGAGAAAUGGCCCACCAAUCCUGCUCCUCUUAUCCCAGCGACCCCUGCCUUAAUGGUGGGACAUGCAUCGACACACAGAACGGAUACAGGUGCCGCUGCCCCCCGCAGCUCGAGGGGCCAAAUUGUCAGCAGACAAGACUUAGUUUCCUUGGCAACGGCUAUGCCUGGUUUCCUCCCAUAAGGCCUUGCUUUGAUAGCCAUCUUUCACUCGAGUUUAUGACAGAGGAGGAUGACGGACUGCUGCUCUACGCGGGUCCCUUGGCGACUCUUUUACCUGGGGAUAGUGAAGACUACUUGGCAAUAGAGUUGAUUGGUGGGACGCCCAGCCUUAAAAUCAACCACGGAUCUGGAACCCUGGUUCUCCAGUUAACAAAUGUCGCUGUGGCUGACAGACGCUGGCACCGCCUCGAUGUGAGAAGCAACAGUAAAGAAGUGCGCUUCACUCUGGAUCGAUGCUCCAGUGCGAUUGUCAUGGAGGCAGAAGGUGUGGGAUCAUGGGUGAUGACAGAGGAUCGCUCAUCCUGUGAAAUCCGAGGGGUCACGCCCAACAAGGACAGGUAUCUGAAUGGAAGUCAUGUGCUGCAACUCGGCGGAGUCAAUGAGAACAUGUCAUAUGAAUAUCCACAGCUACAACACAAACACUAUACUGGCUGUAUAAGGAACCUGCUCGUAGACAGCAAGUUGUACGACCUUGGUUCCCCUGCUGAAUCCUCCAACACUUUGCCAGGCUGCAGUCUUAUUGAUAGCCACUGCACCGACAUGGAGCAGAUCUCCUCCUGUGGCAAGAGGGGCAGCUGUCACUGGGAGCGGAGCUCCUUCAGCUGCCUGUGUGGAAAAGGGUUUACAGGCCCGCACUGUGAUCAAGCUCCAGAGUUCUCCUUUGAUGGGCGGAGCCACGUUCAGCUCCAGCUGCUGUGGUCUCUUCCAGCACGACAGACAAAAGUCCAGGUCGGGGUUCGGACACGUUCAGCCGCAGGUGUCAUCCUCAGCGUGUUGUCCCAGGAGCAGAGCGAAUACCUACGCUUAGAGAUCAUUCAGGGUCUGCUGGCUGCUUCUUACAACCUUGGGGAUGGAGACUACAACGUCACGCUGCCCUCUCAUCGCCUUGAUGAUGGGGAGUGGCAUGAGGUGGAGCUGGAUCGCUAUGGCAGAGAGUUUACGCUCCGAUUGGACCGAGGUGGGGGGCGGUUAGAGGUGACAGCUUCACCUGGCCAAAGUCAGGAGAUCAUCAUAGAUCCGUCUGCCGUCAUGCUUGGAAACUCUUUUCCUUCAGGACACAACCACAGCUUCCUGGGCUGUUUGCGUGACGUGAGGCUCAACGAACGCCCCAUCUCUCUGGAUCAGGAACAGCGUUCGGAGGGGAUUCAGGUGGUCACGUCACAGGGCGUCUCUGUCGGCUGCUCCUCAGAUGCUUGCAGAAAACAUCACUGCUCCCCUCCCCUGGUCUGCGUGGACCUCUGGAGACAACAUGAAUGCAGGUGCCCUCCAGGUCACAUGACCAAAGAGAGCUCCUCAGGCCGAGUGUGCAUCUACACGCUCUGCGCCAGUCGGCCGUGCCACCACGGCACGUGCGUGGCUCACUCGCCGUCUCGCUACUCGUGCCACUGCAGCGAGGGCUUCCGGGGACGGCACUGCGAGGUGGCGCUGGUCGCGUUCCACGGCGAGGACAGCAACAGCCUCAGCCUCAGCUCCAUGUUUGCCAUCAGCAUCUGUGUCAUGGCCUUUCUAGUGUUGAUGCUGGGGCUGUUUCUCUACUCCUGCUGGAGGAGACACAAGGGCCUCAAAGAGGGCGUUUACCACGUGUCUGCACACCACGGCGAGUGGGAGGACAUCCGGGAAAAUGUGCUCAACUACGACGAGGAAGGUGGAGGUGAACAGGACCAGAAUGCCUUCAACAUGGUGGAGCUGCAGCGCUCCCUUCAGCCCAGCCCUGCACAGUCCCUCCGCUACAGCUAUCCACAAAACACCAGCUCCUACCCACAGACUAAGCUUCCUCAGGACACCAACAAAAAGGGUUUGUCCAACGGAAAUGGCAGCGCAGCGAUUGCCCUGCGUCUGGCCAUCCCGCCAUCAGAGGCGGAAGCCUUAUCCUCACCUCUGACCUUCCGCCGCUCUCAGAGAGCCUUCUCCUUCUCCAGCCAAGACUUGGCUCGCUACCUUUGCGAAGUCAUGAGGGACACAGAGCACGCCGAGGAGCUCGGCGCCACGACCACACCUCGCCGUCCCUCCAGGAAGGAGCGCAGCCUUGCCUCAGUGCACUCGCUCAGCUCGCUCAAUGCAUCUCAGUGCUCAGAAGUCAGGCUUCACGCUGCCCAGAUAACCCGGAUGGACACGUUCAAGGCCCUCCGGGCUGUGGUGUGUGAUUUAAGAGGGGACUGUAAAGCUCCAGAAGGCCAGAGGGACAAACUUAGAGAGAGCAGAGGGCAGCUGCACUGCGAGAAGAACGUGUGAGGCUGCACUCUACAAGACUGAACCGCAGGUUUAAAAAAAAAAGCAGCAUUAAUCAAAAGCCAGUGGUGUAAAUCCAACGGGAGGUUGUUAAACGUCAAACGCUCCGGGUCUGUGUGAAUUCCCUCUUAAAUGUACUGAUGAAACUUUCAACUCUUACGUUCUUUGAUAAAAAAGAUGUUUACCAAUGAAUCACCGGAUGUGAUGUUUUGUUUACUUGACAUUGCAUUGUACCGUACUUAAUCCACAAGCAGCACUUUUCUUGGACACGCCCCGUCUCAAAACCACUUUGGUCGCAAAACUCUUAAGCGGGAGGAGAAAAGGAUUCCUGCGAAAACCCUGGAUUCUUUUUUGAUGUCGAUGGCUCAUGAAAUCAUUUAUGUGACAAAAUGAAUUUGUCUCAUUUGUAUUAUCUACUUCUUUUGAAUAAAUGAGUAUCUUUGAUAAUA